UUCUUUCCCGUGUCCAGGGAGGCAGCGCUGGAGAGCAUUCCUGGACGUGGAGGUCGGUGGAUGUCUCCGCGGAUUUGAUGAAGAACGUUCGCUUCGAGUUUGAUGCGUAGUUUUUUGUUUUGUUAUUUAGAGAGUGCGCGCACACGGACAACUACCGCUUAGGUCUCGGAAGUUCUAUAAGCUGCUCCGCUUGGAUAAAGACGCAAUAAGCGCGACUGCGCGUCGCAACUUCACUUCUCGGAAGUUCAGGGGAAGGAAGAACCGAUAACCAAGAAAAGUGCGGCGAGCGAGAGGACAGGAGGGAGAUUCUUCACUGGGAGAACGGAGAGAGGAAGAGACUGCACCAUGAAGGUCUUUCGCACUCCAUUGAUGCCUUUUCUGCUCUUCCUCAUUCUUCCUGAUGCCACCUGGUCCAGUGAGUGCCCAGACGACUGCUACUGUACCCCACCAGGCUCCAUCUUCUGUUUCCAGAGACGCUCCUCUACUAUUCCAAAGGGAGUAGCCCCAUCCACAGAAAGUCUUUAUCUCUUUUCUAAUGGCAUUGAGGGCUUGACAACUGAGGACUUUGAAGGCAUGGAAAAGCUAGAGAUGCUGGACCUCAGUCAAAACAAAUUGACUGAACUUGCUGAUAGGGUAUUUGAACCUUUGACCUCUUUGAGAAAUCUUGACUUGUCUUCCAACCAGAUAACCCACAUUUCAGAAGACUGCUUCCAGGGUAUGGAACUGCUUGAACGCCUUUAUUUGUCCAAUAAUCAUAUCGAGACCAUCCAUCCUAUUGCCUUUAUUGGCUUGGAGCACCUGCUGGAACUCAAACUGCAGGGCAACCAGCUGACAUCCCUGCCAGCUCUCUCAAUGCCACAACUACUGCUGCUGGACCUUCGUUUUAAUGUCUUACCCAUCUUGGGUCCUUCAGAUCUCCAGACCCCAAACCUUGAGUCGCUCAAAUUGGGUGGCGUGGGGCUCAUCAGCCUGAAUAAGGAGCUCAUACGUAGUCUAAAGAACCUCCACGAACUGGACAUCUCAGGCAACAAACUUGAGUCCUUCCCCUCAGCGCUAAAGGAGACCCAAGGUCUGAUUCACCUCAACAUGGCUGGGAACCCGAUGGGCCCUCUUAAGGUUCAGGACCUGCAGAACAUUGGAGAGCUGCAGGAGUUGGACAUUAGCAGCCUCAGUUUGCAGGGCCUUCCUGAAGAGUUCUCACAGCUAUUACCACAUCUCAAAAAGCUCACAGUUGCAGAGAACCCCUUCAACUGUCUCUGCACCUUAGCAUGGUUCCCAAGAUGGCUAAAAGCCCAGAGCAUCACCCUGGAGAGAACAGAGGAGACACGCUGUCAUUUUCCACCUAUCAAUGCUGGAAAGGUAUUGGAGAGACUAGAGCACAGGGAUUUGGGCUGUCCUACCACUACUACAGUCACCCCCAGUACUGUCAGAACCACCACAACCCCGCCUGUUCCUGUCACUACCUUCUUGGUUAUUACUAGAGAUAUUCCAAUCCUUAGGAGCGGUAACAAACCAGACAAAGAUGACUCUCCCUUACCCCCUGCCCUUGCAUCCCCCAGUAGCAGCAGUAUGGACCAAGGCGAGGAGCACCCUUUCUGUCCCCCUGAUACCUGUCUGAACGGGGCUACAUGUCAUUUGGACCAGCAUGGUCAGGUGGAAUGUACCUGUCCACAUGGCACCUCAGGCAUGUAUUGUGAGGUCCAAAACCAUCACCCGCCUUCACCGCCUGAAGCUGAAGUCCCCAUGGCAACUGUCAGUGUAGAUGCACCAGACAUCAGCUCACAUCAAGCAACCACGACUUCAAUCCUGCUGGACCUCCACCGCUACAUUGAAAUGCGUCCUUACAUCCGUGGAAUCCGCCUAACCUACCGUAACCUCUCUGGACCAGACCGUAGGCCGAUCCAACUAAACCUACCACCCAAAUUUCCAGAGUAUAUCCUCAGGGGUCUGCAGCCCAACUCCACUUACAGGGUGUGUGCCAGUCCACUAGGUGCCCCUAGUGGCACGGACAGCGUCUGCACUGAAGCGCAUACGGUUCCUGAAAGCAAACGCAGUCCACAGAUUGACGACCAGAGGCUGACAACUACACUGGUGCCGGCAAUCGCUAUCUUGCUACUGCUGGUACUAAUAGCAAUGGCAGUGGGAGUGGUAUGCUAUCUUCGCAGGAAAAGGGCCAAUGGCCAACUGGACCUAGAAUGUGAGCCCUCCCAGCUUGAGUUGGAUGGGGUGAAGGCUGGUUUGGACAAUGGGGCACUGCCUCAGAAACAACCCCAGCUCAUGAUCCCUGAACCUGCUGUUCAGAAUGGCAAUCUGGAGUACGAGGUGUUGUUACUACAGGAUCACUGUACAUCAAAUAACAAUAUGACUUCACACAAGCCCUCCUACUUUUGACACCUGGCUUUGACUAAUCAGACGUAAAGGAGGAAGUCUUCAGCUCUGUUUUCAAUACAGAAGGCGCCAAAUGCAGUUGUGAAAGUGGAGGUCACCAAAAGAGAAACUGGACAUGUAUUGAACUCAAUGCCCUCUUGUUGUCUUAAGUAGACUGAAGUAGAAGUUCAAAAACAUUGGUUUGGAUUUCCUCACAGUGCUGGAAUGGCAAGCUGUCAGCUCCCAUGCCGUGGUGCUGGGACUUAAAGGACAUGGUAACCUCAGGGCCUCAUUUUUCUGGUCAGAAAGUGGGUGCACUGAAAUGGGGUUGUGCUCCCAUUGUCCCAUCACGACAGUCCAACUACACUAUAUCAGCAAAUGCUUUUGCUGCAUAUUGUAACUGCUCGGGACUACCCCAAAGGGAUCUGUGCUUGCUGUGAAUUACCUUUAAGACACCAAAUGAAGUUAUGCAGAGAAAAUAACUGAUGUUUGUAUUCUUUAUUUGGCUUCAAAACGCUUUUUGUUUUUGUACAUUGUUUUAUACCAGUGUCUUUGUUAUUUUGUAUUAUUGUGCAACAUUAUGACCUUUUAUAGACCCCCCUCACCCACAUACACACUCGCACACACUUCUUGUAACUAACAGACAAAACAGCAGAUUAAAAUCUUUGAAGAUUAAAACUCGUUUUUUUCCAGCAAAGUCAAUCAAAGGGCUUUACCCCCAGAAUGUCAGACAGCCUAAGUACAUGUGAGUCCGAGUCAAGACAAAAUCCCCCUUUCUGAAGCGCUCAGUCUGCUUUGCCACCACAAAGGGAGAAGGUAAGCAGGAUUACAAAGAAACAGAGGGAAGCAUUUUAAUUAACCCCUCCUGUUUCAGUGCUGCACUAGAUUCCACACAGUCUUUUAGCUUACCCUAAUUACAGUAUGGUCUCAAAUCACUACACAGCUAAAUACUUUAUUUAUUAUUUAUAUUUUCUGUAUGGGAAAUACAGUUGUAUCCCUUAACCACAAUUCAUGUACAACGACAAGCAAAGCAAACAAUGGUUUUGUAUUAUGUUUCCCUUGAUUAAAAAUAGUAUUUUUGUUCUACCUUUUGCUCACUUCCACCUAACAGGACUAACGUCUUUAUGAUGAUGUGGAGAGGACAAUGAGACAUGCAAACUGACAGUGUUGAGAUCCAAAUCUGGGAAUGUAGAGCAAAAAAGGACUCAACGUAAUCAUUUGUGUGUGUGUGUGAGUGUGUGUAGUACGUGUUCUGUCUUGUACAAAGACCUGCAGACAUCACGUUACCAUCGGUUACCCUCUCUAUCUUCCCGCAUGUCAAGGAGUACUUUAGGCCCCAAACAACUCUACCUAAUAGGCAAACACACCAAGGACCAUCUGUGAAGUUACCUACAGUGUUCCCAGUGCGCAGUUAACAGUUCCCUGCUAGUAAUACGUCAAUACAACCCACCCACACAAACACACGCAACUGGAAUAAUUGUUUGUCAAAGAGAAUACAUUGAAGGUAACCCAAAUUAUUUUCAAUGUGAUUGUUAAUUUUUCCCUGUUUACUUUGGGAACCUUUUUGUUGUCAUUCUUUUUUUUUAUUUUGUGAACUUAUCCGUAAAAGCUGAAAGAGUGAUAUUAUCAUUAAAUGAGUAUCCAAAAACUAAA